AUGCUUGUCCUGACUCGGAUGGGAUUUUUCAGUCGCUUUAAGGAGACGGGCGGUCCAGGCUGCACCGAGAGGCUUAUCCGCACAACGGACUUAUUCUUCAUCGCCUCAGCUCAGGAGGUUGAUGACCGUGUCAAGGGACGUGUGUUGAAUCUUGAAUAUUACAUAUCCUCGAGGCGAGACACAAGUGGCUGCAAGCCUUUCUUUGCCCUCAUCGAAUAUGCAGCUAAGAUUGAUCUCCCCGACGAAGUAAUGUCGCACCCAGUUAUCAUGGCUAUGGAGGAGGCAACCAAUGAUUAUAUUUCUUGGGUCAACGACAUAUUAUCUUAUAACGUGGAACAAUCUUCUCAUAGCCCACACAAUAUGGUUGCCGUGCUUAUGUGCGAACAACGUAUGAACCUGCAAGACGCUGUCGACUACUCCUACCAACUGUGCAAGGGUACCAUCCAGCGCUUUGAAGACAACCGUGUCAUUCUCCCCUCGUGGGGAGAAGAGGUUGACAGGCAGGUGGCUAUCUAUGUCCAAGGACUGGAGGACUGGAUGAUCGGUUCCUUGCACUGGUCCUUCAAUUCCACACGCUAUCUCGGGAAGGAUGGUCAUACUGUGAAGCGGUACCGAAUCAUCAGCCUACUUCCCAAAAUGCCUUUGUAAACCUUUUGCCUAUCGCAUCGUGAGAUUGGUUUCGCUUCUGUCUUAGACCACAUAAUUCUGACUGCGAUGACUUGCACUGUAGAAUGCCACGCCAUCUGUAUCUUACCAUGUAGCUGAAUUUUUACAUCUAAUCAUGUAUAAGUUACAGUUCGCCUUCCUUACCCAUAAUAUUUUUGACGCGCCUUCGCUGUCGUAUAUCCGUUGGAAUGUUUUAUGAAAGAGCUCAAGUUUUGUGUAAGAACAAAGUAGAGGGGAAAUGUAGGCUCCCGUCGAACUCUGUCGCCAGCAUGAAGUUCCUUGCGUAAAGGAUGCACAUAGUGCCGGUCGUAGACCUGAGCGCUUGGUUUACACAGCAAUGAAGCUGUGGAGCGAACACGAGGAUGACGCAUGGGACGCACCUUAAAAGAUGGUUUG